CGAGCUGUACCGAGUGCGUGUAGAAUAUGUAGCCUUUGCCGGUAAGACCAUUUCCCACUCUAUCUCAUCCUUCAUCCUCUACGCAUACACCUCGACCAUAUACAGCAAAAAUGGCACCUCAACUUAACUAUCCAAGUGGAAUGUUCAAGGGACAGACCGCAAUCAUCACAGGAUCUGGCCAAGGUAUUGGUGCUGAAGCCGCGAGACUCUUUGCAAACGAGGGAGCGAAUGUUGUCGUUUCAGACAUUGACGGCAAGAAGGGACAAGCAGUAGCCGAUGCGAUCAACAAGAGCGGCGGACGAGCGAUCAACGUACCCGGCGAUAUCCUCAGCGACGAUUACAUCAAGGAGCUCGUGAAGAAGUCGGCUGAGUUUGGCGGCGGAAAGAUCCACAUCAUCGUCAACAAUGCCGGAUUCACAUGGGAUGGCGUGAUCCACAAGACGACGGACAAGCAAUGGGACACGAUUGUGAACCUGCACGGUACAGCUCCAUUCAAGCUCAUCCGAACUGCUGCACCAUACUUCCGUGUCAAGGACGGCGAGCCACGCAGCAUCGUCAACAUCUCGUCGACUUCAGGCAUCCACGGAAACGCCGGGCAGGCCAACUACGCAUUCGCGAAGGCUGGUGUUACAGGCUUGACCAAGGCCAUUGCGAAGGAGUGGGGUCCAAACUUCGGCGUCCGCUGCAAUACCAUCGCUUUCGGACACAUCAUGACCCGUCUCACUGCGGCUAAAGAGGAAGGAGCUUUCGUGACGACCCCAGAUGGAGAGAAGGUUGCCCUCGGUAUUCCGCAGAAGCAAAAGGAUGCUGCUGGCUCAGCGGCUCAUGCCGAUAUCCCUUUGCGAAGGCCCGGAACAGCCACUGAAGCUGCAAGCGCAGUCAUGGCUGUGUGCAGUCCGCUGUUCAGCUACGUGACAGGACAGACCAUCAGCGUUACUGGCGGUCGCAACUGCUAGAUGAUGUAUUAUUAUGAAUCAACGUUCAAAAGCUAACAUGCA